AUGACGGCACCAUCACCAUGGGAACCAACCCAGCCAAUCAGAACCCUCCCUUUUCAAGGGGACCUCUAUAAAUUGAGCCUGCUCUGCCCAGACACACCACAUCCAACACCCAGAGGCCUCCAGGGCCCCCUCCUCCUGGAGAAACCAAGUCAGUUGCCCCCCACUUUCCUCCAGGGCAGGCAAGGGGAGCCUCCCAGCGGGGAGGCUCAGGAAGCGGGUGCAGGUCUACAGUCACCCAGCCUAGAGCCCCAGCCCCCCGCAUGGCCACGGCAUGAUGCAGAAGCCACGCAGGAGCCCCUGAGCGAUUCCAGCGGUCACCUGGGAAACACCGUGAGCCACGAGAGCAGCGUCCUGUCAAGCCUGCAACACUCCAGCCUAGUGCAAUGCAUUGACAUCAGCCGGCUGAGCAGCGGGUACGCAGGGGAUGAGGAGAACAGCGAAGUCAGCUUGCCGGGCAGCCAUCAAAUCGUGCGGUUGAGCAGAAGGCUCCACACCCAGGCAGGUGGUGCCCAGAACAGCCAGGUGUGCGCCAUCUACUCUCCCAAGCAGCUGAAGAGACGACUGGCCCGCCAAGCCAAAACCACCAAGCAGUCUGGAAGAGAAUAGUAAGACCCGCCUGCCCAGGGGCAGCGGGGAGAGCGCAGCCAGCAGCUUCAGUGACAUCAGCUUCAUCAGCCUGGGCAGCAGUGCCCUAAACUACCAGGUGAGUAGCGGGCUGGUCAGCUCCGUGGGCAGCCUUCCCUCCAGCCAGGCCAGCAACCACCAGAGCGUCAGGGUGGACAGCCACGUGCAAAGCGGGCUGCAGAGCAAAACCAGUCUUCCAGGGGACAAAGCUGGGGACAACGUGAAUGUCAGUGGCCAGGUCGCCAAGGAUGAGCAGCCUGCCCAGGUGCACAUGCCUUUAUGAGAAGACUCGCCAGCCACUGGGACCUUGAAAAACACAUCAUGUGAAGACCGAGCAAAGCCAGACUUCA